UUUAUUUUAUUUACACUUCGUGUACUUAGCAUUUUAUCUGAAAACUUUAACUUAAAUUUCUCUUUGUUUUGUCAUUUCAGGUAUAACUUUGAUAAAAUGGCGUUCCACGAGGAUCACGAUAUCAGUAUAAUAUCCCACUACACUGACGUGGCGGAAGAUUCAGCAGAUGAGGCUGACACAUUAGCUCGACAUUAUGCAAUGACUAGUAGCAGACCCUCGGCAGAGAAUACAGAGUCUCUUCAAGUCUUUCGAAUAGCUUAUAAUGAUUUAAAACACUCCCAUAAUAAUUUGUCUUCAAAAUUGGAACAAAAGGACAAACGUAUCCAAGAAUUAGAAAAUCAAUUAACUGCCCAGUCAUCGUCCGAAUAUUCAACAGACAGUUUUUUAAUGGUAGACGAGCCCCAGCCCGAACCUUCCAGCAUGGAGGUAGGAAUUUUACAAGGACGUAUUAAAGAAUUAGAACGUAAAUCAAUGAUUGCAGAGGUCAAUAUAAAAUCUUUACAAGCAGACAAAUCUCAGCUACAAAAAACAUUAGCAGGUUUGAAAAAUAUUGAACAAAAUCACAACAGUUUGGAACGUAUAAAAAAUUCCAUUUUGGAGGAAAAAGUGAAGAAAUUAACUGAACGUUUGGAAAAGUUUUCAAUGUUAGACAGUGGCAAAGAUAUUGAUCAACAGUUAACGGAACUUAAACAAGACUCGCAAAAAAUAAAAGAAGAAAAUUUAUCGUUGGUGGUUCAAGUUCGUAAACUAACGGAAGAGAAUGCGAGCCUUAAAAGGAAAUUGUAUGCAAAUGAUAAAACUCCCAUGAUUCUUAGGAAUGGAACAACUCGAAGUACUGGCGUAGUGUCGGCUACAGGAGCAUCGAAAGAACUGACGUCUGAAAUUUUGAGUGAUAUGUCAUUAAAUUCCUCGUUACCAGCCUUAGACGAGUUAAAAAACUUGAAACACAUGAUCAAGAAGUUGAAAACAAUCAUCGAAACUCAGAAUGCUUAUCUUUUAAAAUUAGAUAGCAACCCAACAGUGAAGAAAAUCUUACGAGAAGAAAAGCUUGGUUUAAGUAUGAAUUGUGUGAUGCAUUCUGGCAAUUCUUCAAACAGGGGCAGUAACUCCAGUGUAGAUAACGUGGAAGCUAGUGAAGAUGUUCUGAGUAAUGGAUGCAUGCGUCAUAGUCCAAACAGAGUUUUUAGUCCAACUGGUAAUGCCAAGUUAAUACCCAAUGAAACGUUUGCUCCUUUUGGAAACAGUAGUGAACUGAGGGUGGAAUUACCAGAAGUUGAACAAUACGACAAUCUCGAAUCACCGCCUCGCAGAAAGUUACGUCAAUACCAAUCAAAAUCGCAGUCAGAGGUCAUCAGGAGUACAAACGAUCUUGGGAUGGAAUAUCAUAGACGACAAUUGCAGGCUCUAAAAAGCACAAAUUCAGCUCCAAUUUUCAUGAAAGAGUCUGAUAGAGUUCCUUCUUCUGGUCUUUCAAAAGAAUCAGUGUAUGCCUAUGAAAGAGCAGAUAAUGGAAUUGGAUCACAAACACCUUUGGAUCUUGGGGUUGUAGGAGCAUCAAGUAGUUCGACGUCACAGCGGGAGUCUGAUAGAAUACCUUCCAUUAAAACAUGUCCUGUAUGUAAUGCAGACUAUACUCAUAAAAGUGUGAACGAGUUUCAGACUCACGUGUUUAAUUGCGUGGACUCCGAAGACCAGCCCACCACUCUGACGUGUGAAUCUGUGCCAGAAAGGAUUUGUCCAAUGUGUAAUCACUUGUUCCCUGAAUCUUGUCCUCAGCUAGAAGUAGACAAUCAUGUCAAUGCACAUUUUGGUGAAGCACCAACAGACGCUUUCGAAGUAUUGAGCCCUUAAAGAGAACCCCUAUGGGAAGACACUAGGCCUCUUCUACUAUAUUUGUGUUACAAGGGUUGAGGUUUAUUUGUUGUGUAAUGUUUCUAUAAAGCAAAUCUGGAGAUAUAUUAUUGUUCCUCAUAGUGAUUGAUGACUUGUAUCCCUCAAGUAAAUUGUCAUCAAAUUUUGCAUUUUGAUAAACUUAAAUGACACUUAACGGCUAACCUAUAUUUGCUGAAUGGCAUUAUUUCCUACUCUCCUUCAAUUUAAUUAGCAAUCACCAAUUAUUAUUAUAGCACACACAGACCAUCAAUAAACAAUAAUUUAUAAUGCUAUAUAAUAAUUUAUUAGUGGUGUGGACUCUCUGAAUCUUAACAAAGGUUGUGAACACUGAAAGAAAAUUGUCAUUUGCUAUGGGAACUGUACAUUAAACUAUAAUACAUGCUGUAUGAAAUCUCUGAAACUAUUAUUAUUAUGAAGGAUGUUGACUCUGGUAUUGAUAAUCAUUGCCUAUGUUACAAAAUUUACAGUAUACAGAGUCUCCAACUUGAUAAAACCAUGUUUCAGAGUGAUAUCUGCUGAGGUAAGUAUGAAUUGUCCAGAUUCUGGCUACAGACUCAAAAGGUAUGAGUUUUUUCUUUGUUGUUCUCAGACUCCAUUUUUAAUUUGUUUUCUUAACAAUAAUUUCGCUAGGGGUGAGGAUUUGGGCAACAAGCUUAUUAUCUCUAAAUAAUCAACUUGCAGAUACUGGCAAGUAUUGUAAUUCUUCAGUAACAAGUACCUGUUGCU